GAACCAUGGUCUGACUCGAUACAACCCCAAUAGGGGUGUAUCGGGAAACCAUUGGCACGAUACGUGCCGAUAUGUGUCGAUACUUUGAACCUUAAUCUAAUUUUAAUAUAGCUAUGGGGUAAAUUCAAGCCUGAUCAAAAAAAAGUUUAUGGAUCCUGUUCCCGCUGAAUCCAAACCUUCAUAGUUGGCAAUUUUUAUUGAUCGAGUCAUUUAUUCAAAUAAUUGGUCGCUAAAAACCCAAUUAACAAAUCUUGGAUUAUGAGCCCUUAUUAAAACAUGUAGGGAGGAGGCUGUACCUUGGUUGCAAGGGUUGGGUUGAUCCCAUUACAACCUAGAUGAUCAGGUAAUCUUGAAAACAGCCUCUCUUGGGCUGCUUUUUUCUAUUAAAACAUGUAGAGGGGGAGGAGGGGAGAACUUGGGGGAGUUGAACUACUAAAAUAUCCGUAAUAUUUUCCGGGUCUCAUUAUUAACUAAAUUUUGCCCUUCAAAAUCUCACCCUGUUUUGGUUGGGGUUAGGAGAUUUGAGUUAAUUGAAGUGCAAAAAAAUCAACUAAUAAUUAAUUAUGAAGGAAUGGUGAUAAACCUGAAUUAAAAUGAUAAAUAAGUGGGCUACCAUUAAUUAAUUCAAGGCAGUAGCAGCAACCAGGUAUAUUGAUACCCAAUUGUCUCACUUGCUCAUAAAUGAAUCAGCAACUGUGAUCCAAGCCAACACAGAUCAGAAGUGUCCAAUUCUGUUUUUGUUGACCGUUGACGUAUGGGCUUGUGCUUUAGUUUUUACUUUUUAGGUAGAGAUAAAUGAGCGAAGAGAACUAAGAAGUGGUGUGGCGUUGGUUUAGGGAGAGGCGUCAUGCUUCCUGCAUUUGACAUUUGAAGAAGGUGGAAUCUUUGGGUGUGAGUGGCUUUGCGUCAACUGUUCAUUUUUUAGGUUUGUAUUGCCGAGAAACCGAAACGAGAAUCUUUGCAUCGCCAUGAAGUUUCGCCACAAAAUGUUUUUAUAGGAGACUGCCUCCUUGUUAGCUUUGCUUCGUAUACAACAAACACAUAUCCAAUAAGAUCGAAUAUUCAUUUUGAAGUUGGAAACUGAGUGCCUGAUUAAUGAUGGGUUUUGGGUUCUCGAGACUUACUUUUGCUCUUCUUGCCGCGAUUCUCUUCUUUCAUGGCUUCUGUAAUUCACAAGAAGACCCAUAUUACAGAUUUGUUCAGCACGCAACUUCAGCUCCUACCGUAUCAUACUACGACUACAUAAUUAUCGGAGGAGGAACUUCCGGCUGUCCUCUGGCCGCCACUCUGUCCCGGAAUGCUAGUGUCUUGUUAAUUGAGAGAGGAGGCUCUCCUUACGGGAACCAAAACAUAAGCAAUUUAGCUUCCUUUGCCAACACACUCUCCGACUACUCUCCCACGUCGCCGGCACAUCAUUUUGUCUCCGAGGACGGUGUCCGUAACGCCCGUGCCCGUGUCUUGGGCGGAGGAAGCUGCUUGAAUGCCGGGUUCUACACGCGGGCCGACACCGAGUACGUGAAGGAAGCAGGUUGGGAUGACAAACUUGUCAACCAGUCCUACCGUUGGGUCGAGAAGGUGGUCGCGAAUGAGCCGCCGAUGUUGCAGUGGCAAUCGGCGGUUAGAGAUGGACUGCUUGAAGCGGGCAUCACACCUUAUAAUGGGUUUACAUACGAUCACAUCUACGGCACCAAGGUAGGUGGAACCAUCUUCGAUGGCCGUGGCCAUCGGCACACUGCCGCCGAUUUGCUCAAGCACGCCGACCCCAGAAGGCUCACCGUUCUUCUACGUGGCACCGUGCACAAGAUCACGUUUAGAAUCAAAGGGAAAGCAAGACCAACUGCCCAUGGCGUGAUCUUCAGAGAUGAAUCAGGAGUCAAGCACAGAGCAUACCUGAACAAGGGAUCAAAGAAUGAGAUCGUGCUAUCAGCUGGAGCUCUAGGAAGCCCACAGUUGUUGAUGUUGAGUGGGGUAGGACCAGCUGAGCAUCUUACCUUCCAUAAGAUCAGGGUGGUGGUUGAUCGGCCCAUGGUUGGCCAAGGAAUGUCAGACAAUCCCAUGAAUGCCAUCUACGUCCCCUCCCCCAGCCCUGUUGAGGUCUCCCUCAUACAGGUCGUCGGCAUUACCCGUUUUGGAACCUACAUUGAAGCGGCCAGUGGUGCCAACUUCGCUGCUCAGGGCUCCGCCAUUCCAAGGAACUUUGGAAUGUUUUCUCCUCAGAUUGGGCAGCUAGCGACAGUGCCCCCCAAGCAGAGGACUCCGGAAGCCAUAGCUAAGGCAGUGGAAGCCAUGAAUGCACUUUCAGAUGAAGCUUUCAGAGGUGGAUUCCUACUUGAGAAAAUAAUGGGUCCUAUCUCAACUGGUCAUCUUGAGCUCAGAAGCAGGAACCCAGAACACAACCCGUCGGUUACCUUCAACUACUUCAAGCACCCCACGGACCUGAAGAGGUGCGUUGAUGGCAUAAAUACAAUCAGGAAGGUGAUUGAGUCCAGAGCGUUCUCCAGGUUUAGGUACCCAUACAUCUCCGUGGGAGCCCUUAUCAACAUGACGGCGAACUUCCCGGUGAACUUGCUGCCGAGGCACGACAACGAUUCUACGUCCAUGGAGCAGUUUUGCAAGGAUACUGUGAUGACCAUAUGGCAUUAUCAUGGGGGCUGCCAGGUUGGUAGGGUGGUCGACCAUGACUACAGGGUCCUGGGUGUGGACGCACUCAGAGUCAUUGAUGGGUCGACCUUCAAUUACUCUCCUGGUACCAAUCCUCAGGCCACUGUUAUGAUGCUUGGAAGAUACAUGGGUGUGAGAAUGCUAAGGGAGAGGCUGACUAUGGAAGAAUCCAGUUGAAACUGAAAAAGAUGAUCGGUCAGAGACUCAGAGCUAGUGCAAUUGUUUAGGAAAGAUGAAGCUGUGGUCGUGUCAGGAAUAGCUACUGAUUUACUACUUGGAUCGAAUUAAGUAAUUUUGAUGUAAUUGGGUGUAAUAGAAUCAUCCUAUUUUAAGAGUGAAGCAAGAUCAGCUUUUAUUCUUUGUUUCUUUUUGGGUCAUAUAUUAUAUUUGGAAGAAGAGCUAAACAAAACAAGGAGUCCGACUCCAAUUGCCAUAUUUAUGAUCGAUGUUAUCUUCGACC